AUCAAGGAACAGUCCAUUCUCUUUUUUUCUUUGUUGGCCUGUUUUCUUAGCAGUCUGUUAUGUACUCAACAGCAACAUGUUGACAGCAAUGCGGAUAUCACCAUUUUCAUGUGCAGCAGUUGGUGAAAGCCGUGCUUCGGAUUAUGGGUUGGUGAAAUUAGACAGCAGGGGUAGAGUAAUUCAGUUUGCUGAGAAGCCAAAUGGCACUGACCUCAAAGCAAUGCGAGUGGACACGACUCAUAUGGGUUUGUCUCAGCAAGAAGCCAAGCAAUCACCAUACAUUGCAUCAAUGGGAGUUUAUGUGUUCAAGACAGACGUUCUGUUGAAACUUCUUCGGUGGAGAUUUCCAACAGCAAACGACUUUGGCUCUGAAAUCAUCCCUGCAGCAGUCAUGGAGCAUGAAGUCAAUGCAUACAUGUUCAGAGACUACUGGGAUGAUAUAGGAACGAUCAAGUCAUUCUAUGAAGCUAACUUGGCUCUCACCGAAGAGACUCCGAUGUUUGAGUUUUAUGACCCCCAGAAGCCCAUUUACACAUCUCCAACGUUCUUGCCACCAACCAAAAUCAAUCAAUCCCGGAUUGUGGAUGCGAUAAUCUCGCAUGGUUGUUUCUUAAGAGAAUGUUCUGUCCGGCAUUCAGUCGUUGGUGAACGAUCUCGCCUGGAUUCUGGUGUAGAACUAGUGGAUACUGUGAUGUUAGGAGCAGAUUACUACCAAACUGAAGCUGAGAUAGCGUCUCUUCUGGCAGACGGGAAAGUUCCUAUCGGCAUUGGGAAGAACACAAAAAUCAGGAAUUGCAUGAUUGAUAAGAAUGCAAAGAUAGGGAAAGAUGUCGUGAUCAUGAACACAGAUGAUGUUGAAGAAGCUGACAGGCCAGAACUGGGAUUCUACAUUCGGUCAGGAAUCACCAUCAUCGCUGAGAAGGCGACGAUCGAGGAUGGAACCGUCAUUCGAAUAUCCUGGUUCUGAAGUGUUUGUUGCGAGACUUCUUUCAGAGGAAAGGUUGCAGUAGGUUUUGAAAAUAGCAGCAAAGUAUGCAACCCUGCCCAGAAGAAGCAAGCGUGGCAGCAGCUUGAAUUAGUAGUUAGUACAUUAGGGUGACAGAUAGACUAAGAAUGACAAGGUCUUUUGGAGAAAAUCUUGAUGGUAGAGAUUUUGAAGGGAAUUUCUGCCACUUCAACCAUCUUAGACUGUCAGGAAGGAUGACAACGCCACCGUAUGGUACACGAACUUUAGAAGCUUCAUCCUCAUUUCCUGAAUAGUAAAACUCGAGAAAUCUAAGAGAAGACAUGCCUUCAAAGGCGUUGGCUUCCAUAUGCAUAUCCAUGCCCUCGGAAAGGUCCAAAAGAAUGCCCUCGAUGGCUCUACCUCGCUUAAAUGCACUCAUAUGCUUCUCUUUUGAUUUCAUAAUAUUAAAAAAAUUGAAUCUUCUUGAUGUUUUGACAUCUCCAAGUGCCAAUAACUUGUGAACAUCAUGAAAAUUCUUCAAUCUACUGCGAUUUUGAAGUUCUGAUUCCUCGUUGACUAUGGCCCAAGCCAUUUCCCUUAGCAAGUCAUGAACCUCAAUCCUCUCUACACCUUCGAUGAAGACAUAGCUAAGCAAGGAUUUAUCAACUAAAUCCUCUACAUAACUAUUGGGAAAAUAAUUAAUCACUAGAGAUUUUACAUGCCCUUGAAGAAAACAAGCAAUAUCCAAGAACACUCUCUUCUCAACGAUUUCAAGCACAUUGUAGCUUCUCCGAAGAACAUCAUGAAUUUCCAACUUUGGAUUUUCCCCCAAUUCAGACAAGAAGCUGUCCCAAUAACUUCUCUCCCUAUUAAGCAAUGCACAUCCCAGAACCUUUAUAGCUAAAGGGCUUCCCCUGCAGUAUGAUAAGGCGACACACGAUUGAUCCACAUAAUUAUCAGGCGUAAGGCUUUGUCUAAAUGCAUGUAUCCCAAACAGCUGGAGUGAUUCAUGAGAAUGCAAACACUUCACCUCAUAUGUACGAGCCCCUGCAUUCUCAAGCACUCUUCGAUUUCUAGUUGUCAAAAUAAUUCUGCUUCCCGGGCCAAAGAGAUUCGUGGCCUGCUUAUCUCCUAACAACAACUGUUCUAACUGUGGUACUGUUUCCACAUUAUCAAGAACAAGGAACACCCUUAGACGAGAAAGACGUUCCCUUCUAUAACUAACAUCCAGGUUGUUGCAGUUUAAGUUAGCCUCCGACAAUAAUAUCGAAUAGAUUUC